AUGAACGCCGCUGACCGUAAACCUAAAUCUGAUUCUUCCGAUGUCCACCGGCGACGUGAAAAGAAGGCAAUUCGACGAGUGGUUGCCAGAGGAACUGACGAUUCAAAUCCUGUCCAAGCUGCCGACGCCCUCCUCCGUCGGCCGAAGCCGCUGCGUCAGCAGAUAGUGGCGGCGCAUCCUUUCCGACCCCAAAAUCAUCAAAAAAUCCAUCACGUCGCCGCUGCCAUCCGCGGCCAGGUUCCUGAUCGCCCACUCCGCCUCGUACACCGUCCACUCCUCCAGAGACCUCAGCAUCCUCUCCUCCGGCGCGCUGCCCGCCGACACGUUCGUCGCGGGCUGCGCCGGCGGGAUCGUCUGCCUCGGCGACGGCAGGAUCGAGGGCAAAAUCUUCCUCUGGAAUCCGACGAGCUCGGAAACCCACACACUCCCCUCGAUUCCGCGCUCCCUCCGCCGCCGCUUCGUCUCCCCGAUCGGGUUCGGCUUCGACCCGGGGACGAGCGACUACAAGGUGCUCGUCUCGCUCCCCGCCGUUGA